AUGGCUCCUAAUUUAGACGACGUACUAGUGAAUGAGAUCGGACAAUUUGGUAGAUACCAGAUAAAAAAUAUUCUACUUGUUUCGAUACCCAUGAUAAUGUCUGGUUUCGCAAACGAAUAUGUAUUUUCCGCUGCAGCGAUACCACAUAGAUGUCAAAUCCCUGAAUGUGGCGAGGUUAGCAAAAGCGUUGCGUUUGAGCCCGAAUGGAUCUUGAACGCAAUUCCUCAGACAGGUUCUGGUUUCUCGAGUUGCCAACGGUACGCUCCGACCGGAAACAACGGCUCCCUGGACUACUGUCCAGCUGACAUUUUUUAUCAGGACAAUGUAAUCGCUUGUGAUGGCUUCGUUUAUAGCAAAAAUAAUACAGUAGUCUAUGAAUUCGACUUAGGCUGUCAGGAAUGGAUGCGUGCGUUGGCUGGCACCCUAAACAGUAUCGGAACACUGCUGGUGUUGCCAAUAACAGGAUAUAUCUCUGACCGCUUCGGACGUCGCGUGGCACUGGUCGUGAAUAUUUUUAAUUUCGCCCUCUUCGGAACAAUUCGAGCUUUCUCCACUAGCUACCCUAUGUAUUUAGUGCUUCAGAUCCUCCAGACAACAUUAGGCGCUGGCUUGUACAGUUCCGCAUACAUUUUUGCCGCGGAACUAGUCGGACCGAAGUACCGAGUACUGACUGGAGCAAUAUGUCCGUCUAUGUUCGCCACUGGCUUGAUGGUGUUAGGCGGCGUGUCCUGGAUGAUACAGCCCUGGAGGUACAUGAUAUUGGCCUUACACGUCCCAGUUUUCCUCACCAUAUGCUACUAUUGGAUCCUUGGCGAGAGCGUUCGGUGGCUUCUGUCAAAACAAAAGUAUACGCAAGCGAGAUUCGCUUUACAGGAGGUGGCGAAAGUAAACAAAACGACGAUAAGCGAAAAGUCACUGGAGGCUUUGGUUAAUCCUAAGCUACCAACUACAGUUCAAUCCUCAGAUCGUGUAGGAUUAGUAGCAUCGGUUUUCCGUUCUCGUAUUCUCUUGCGACGAGUCUGCACUACCCCGUUCUGGUGGAUAGCGGCCACGUUUGUGUACUACGGCCUCUCUAUCAACUCAACUGGCUUAUCCAGUGCCAUGCAUCUGAACUACAUCCUCACGUGUGGCAUUGAGAUCCCCGGAUACUUUUUUGCUACGCUGGUUCUGGAUCGUAUCGGCCGAAAGCCUACCUUGUCCGGGGGCUAUUUCUUGAGUGUGGUGUGCAACUUGACUUUUGCGUUUUUGCCCAAAGAUCUCAAAACUUUGCGGCUAAUAUUAUAUCUUCUAGGCAAGUUUGGUAUUUCGGUGGUGAUGACGUCAAUGUACCUUUUCACAUCAGAGUUGUACCCUACUGAAUACCGCCACAGCUUGCUAGCUUUCUCCUCCAUGAUCGGUAGGAUUGGCUCUGUGUGCGCACCUCUCACCCCAGCUUUAAUGGUGUAUUGGUAUGGUGUACCAUCUGUACUAUUCGCCGGUAUGGCUCUGCUAGCAGGACUUCUAGUUCUCACUCAGCCUGAGACUCUAGGAACUAAACUGCCCGACACAUUGGCCGAGGCAGAAGCGUUAGGAAAGACGAGUGCCAAGCAAUCAACA